AUGGGACAUAAACUAUUGCAUACUUAUGUAGUGGUGUUGGUUGUGUUGGUUAGGUUAGGUUGUGUUGGUUGGGCUCAAUUUUCCCAUGACUAUCUGUGUGGCCUGACCUCGCUAUAUGCUCUAUGGGCUGUAUUUGCUGUUUUUAACGCCUUAGUCCACAUCUCAUCGGCAAUGGACUUCACAUACAGAUACUGCCUCUCCAUCCCUUCCCCCCCCCCUACCAUACCCACCGCCGCCAUUAACAUAACAAACCCCUGGCCUAAUGGGGGGCCACCACUCGGGCCCCCAGUUAUCGAAACAACAAUUGACAGAAAGGCCUGCCCUUUCAGAGUUGGCUUCAAAUACCAGUUCACUCUUCACUCCGCGAUUCAUUGCCUUCUUAGGUGUGCAAAGAAAGUGACAGAAUAUUGUUUGGGAACGAAGACUCCUAUUGUGUGGGGACUUAAUGGUGAUGUACGCGUCCCGACAAAAGGCAAUCUCAGAUUAGGGUGUAAAGUGUCCGGCAAUCCAUUACCACGGGUUGAAUGGUUUCGAAAUGGAAAGAGACUUAAGAACAGAGGGAGAGUGACGAUCACCACUCGUCGGCAAACGUCUCGACUGGAAAUACGACGAGUUUCGCACUUAACUGAUGGCGGAUAUUACGAGUGCCGGGCUAUGAAUGUUGUGUCGCGCCAGCCAUCCGUUGCCAGACAACGGGUAAUCAUCACCAGUCCCUCCAAACGCAGACCUUAUUCAUCCUCACAGACCUCUUCCACGUCCACAAGAGGCCCGCUUUGGCCUCAAGUCAGGCCCUGUCCUAUACCAUCGUUUUGUCUGAAUGGCGGCACAUGUACUCUGUAUGAGGCCGUCGGAGAGUGCGCCGAUGGUUAUAUGGGCCAGAGAUGUGAGAGUAAGGACAUCUACUUAAAACUAACCUUUUUGCCGGAAUAUGAUCAAAGAUCCGGAUUAGUUGCUAUUAAGCAGUUAGUCGUGAAAAUCUAA